UAAAGGGUGGAGCCGGUUUCUGAAAACAAUCACUUUCUAUAAUCAACCCUUGACACAUCUUUCUUGAAAAAGUUUUCCUAACCAGUAAAAUAUUUGUACGUGCCUUGUACUUUUAAGUAUCAUCAGAUGCAGCUUAUGAUUAAACAGGUUCUGCAAUAUUGAUUUUUCAGGUUUUCUGAGUGAAACAUUAACUAUCCAGCAGAAGAGGAAAGGUCCACUGGGAAAGGCAGUAAAUGAAAUAAGAGGGAACAGAGGUAAGAAGCAGGACAAAAAGAGACGGCAGGUAGGUUCUGAGAUGACGUGAUUUGGAACUUGAUUUCACGGUCUCUUCCGUCUGCAUCAUCCCUGGCAUCACGCUACCUUCACACACACACACGCACCCCUCGCAGUCCUUCAGAUUGCUUAUGAGAAAAAUGGUGUUUUUGCAGAAUGUUAGGCAGCAGAUAUGGCGAAUUCUGAAUUCCCGUGAAAUCCGUUCCUGUUUUAUCAAGUUCUUGUGUGAUUGGUGAAAAUAAGCCUGCAUUCCAGGGAUGCAAGAGGAACAACAGCCUGAGGCUGCUGCAGACCCAAUGUCGUCCUCAGAAGCACCAGAAGAUGGACCAAAGGAAGCGUCAAGUAUAUCGCAGAAUAUCUCUGAUGCAGAUGCAUUUAAAAUUCUGCUGGAGAUGAAGAUGAAGAAGAGGCAGAAAGUACCCACUUUACCAAGCACUGUGACGGAGCUUGACACAGAGGAGGGUUCUAAAGUCUAUGUGGUUGGAACAGCCCACUUCAGUGACAGCAGCAAAAAGGAUGUAGUGAAGACAAUACAGGAAGUGCAGCCUGAUGUUGUUGUGGUGGAACUAUGCCAGUACAGAGUUUCUAUGUUAAAGAUGGAUGAAAAGACAUUACUAAAAGAGGCCAAAGAAAUAAAUCUGGAAAAACUUCAGCAAGCUAUAAAGCAGAAUGGAGUCAUGUCUGGAUUGAUGCAAAUGCUGCUUCUGAAAGUCUCUGCUCACAUCACAGAACAGCUGGGAAUGGCCCCAGGCGGAGAAUUCAGGGAGGCUUUCAAAGAGGCUAGCAAAGUACCUUUCUGCAAAUUUCAUCUCGGAGACAGGCCCAUCCCUGUUACGUUUAAGAGAGCAAUUGCUGCACUUUCGUUCUGGCAAAAAGUCAAGCUUGCUUGGGGCCUUUGCUUCUUAUCUGAUCCAAUCAGUAAAGAUGAUGUGGAGAAAUGCAAACAAAAGGAUUUACUGGAGCAGAUGAUGGCAGAAAUGAUUGGAGAAUUUCCUGAUCUUCAUCGAACAAUCGUCUCGGAACGAGAUAUUUACUUGACCUACAUGUUGAAGCAAGCAGCAAAGCAGAUAGAACUACCUCGAGCUUCAGAAACUGAACCUAGAAAAUACAUCCCAUCUGUUGUAGUUGGUGUUGUUGGGAUGGGUCACGUACCUGGAAUCGAAAAGAACUGGAACUCUGACUUAAACAUCCAGGAAAUAAUGAGUGUGCCUCCUCCAUCAGCUUCAAGUAAGAUUUUUAGAUUUGCCCUAAAAGCAACAGUUUUUGGACUGAUGGGAUAUGGCUGCUACCGAAUAGGUCAAAGGACAGUUCAGUUUAUUCUCUCAAUGCCAGCAGCACAGAGCUGUCUUCAGAAGCUGACAGAAAUAAGAUCUCAGCGUUGAACAUCAAGUGGAGAUACUAUAUGAAGAAGGUGGCUGAAAAGGAUGUUAGAGGCAACAAAUAAGUGGACUGAUAGAAGAGGGGAAAUGAUUCUAGUCAAAGAGACGGUUGAUGCUGAACAAAGCUGAAUUGCUGUGUAAUAAAGUAUUGAUACUAAAAGCUACACCAGCUAUGAUCUAAUGAAUAAGUUUGAUUCCUGGUAAGUGUAUUGCAUGAAAGCACAUGAUUCUGGAUUGAGGUAAAUGAAAUAUAUACACAAAUAUAUAUAUUAUAUAUAUAUAUAUACACACAUGCUGUAUAUAUAAUAUAUAUUAAUGAUGAUGUAGUGCAGACAGCUUAGAGUAUGUGCUCAUGACUCUUUUCAGAGGAACAGAAAAACAGAGUAGCAUAAUUAGGUGCAUCUGCUCAGAAGUUCAGGGACACCUGUCUGAGUGAUUUUUAGGAUUUUUCUUAGGUAUGGUAAUACCUAGUGGUCAUUUCUGGUGCCAGGCACUUUUACACAUAAUUUAGAAGGACAUCUUCUCUGUAAGUGUUUUAUACUUAAAAUGGUUAAACUUUUUUUUUUUAAACUUAAGAGCUUUCCAAAAACUUCAGAAUUGUACAGGCUGUCAUACAUACACCGCUCAAAUUUUUUACAAGCCUUACUGAUAAAUAGAAGUGUUGCCUUUAGAUUGCAUCCCUUGUUACAGCUACCAGUUGAGUUUUCUUUCUCCUGCAUAGAGAGGGUAUAGCCACAGCAUCGAAAUUCAGUGUGAUUAGUGUCACAUGUUUACAGGACGCUGUUCCUUUAGAUUAGGUUAUUUAAUCUGUAUUAGUUAGCCAAAUCCUGCUGGAAUCAGUAUUGUAAAUUUAAGAGAAUAGAACUACUGUACAAUUUACUUGUAUUUCUCAGACCUCUCAUUAUUGGGCCAAGAAGUCUGGAACUGAUAGAUAGCACCUGCCCCCCUCAUUUUUGAUACAUGAAAAUAUUUUAUUUAUCAAUAUAAUUUCUCAGUGGAUAAAUAUUUUAAUCUAUUUAAUAGAAAAGCAAAGCUCAAUUUAGUUUUUCAAACUAGCUGUGGUGUUUUAUUUGGGUUGCUUGCUAUUUAUACCAAGAAUUAUGGGUACUUCAAACUGCUGUGAUUUUAAAAAUUUUCCAGAAUAACUAUCUAUCAUCCAUCUUUUUUUUUUUUUUUAAUUCUAGGCUAAUAUUUAAUAGGAUUCUUUGGGUACCCUUUAUAGCAAUCAGCUAGUCCCAGUCCAACAGUACAAAUUUUAAUUGUCAUAUCAAAAUUCUAAUAUGAUAUAUUUAAACAAAAAAAUCCCUCUUGCUCCUCAGGCUCCUAUGCAAUUGCUAAUUGACUGACAUUCAUAUCUAUGCUAAUCUUUUUUAGGGGAGACAGAAGGGAAAAGGGUGUGUGAGGCAGGAGGAAGAAAAGGUGAUGUUUUGUGGAUGCGUGGGUGGUGUUUUUUUUUUUUUUUCCCUAAGUUGGUUCAAUUCAAUCAACAAACUGCUUUGUUUAGAGGGUAAAUUUCCAAAGCUUGUGUUGGAAAUAAUCCCACACAGUCUGUUGUUUGCCGAAAGUGUGUGCAUGUAUCUGCAGUGUUGUCUUUUUUCAACCUUUUUUUUACUGAAAUGGAGGGUCUAAUGCUCUUUACAAUGGCAUUGACUUUGCUGGGAGCUGGUCUGUCCAUGCAACCUUGUGCUUUUCUGCCUUGCACCUUGUGAUUUGUAUGGGUCCCAGUGCAGCAAUCAUUUAAGUGCAUGUUUAUCUUUAAGCCUACUAUUAAAUCUAACCUGAUUCUGCAGAGCUCUUAAGAUGAUGCUUAGGUGCUUUUCUGGAUCAGGGCCUUACAGUUGUGCAGGGAAUAAACCUUAGCAAAUAAGAAUGGCAGCAAUUCCCACUUUGACACAAAGUGUAAAGGAUGAUAGAAAAUACCGUGGAGUCAGGACCUUUGUCUUUUAUUUUCCAUCUAUUAGUGCUUAAGAAAAAAGCAGACAUCUCUAGCAAGAUCAAAAGCAGCAUUUGUAAACAGUUUAUAGAAAACCUGAGUGACUGCCUGAAUUUUGAUUCCUUUUUUUUGUAAAGGUUUAAUAUAUUGUUUACUAUUAAGCAGUCCUAUUUGAAAAAUUGUAUUACAUUUUGUGUACAUUUUUUAAAGAUGAAAGCAAACGCUUAAGCUCAUUCUUCUCCUGGCUUUACUGACGUACCAAAAGAUUGUUUUUUUAUUUCUGAGAUCUUUCUAGCUGGUAGAGUUCAAUAUAUUGAUGUUUUGCUUUAAGAUAUCUACAGAUUUUUAAGGUAUCUGCAGAUAUUUUAAAAGCUCUGCAGAUCUUUGAUAUCUGUACUCAGGUAAUUUUACACAAAAGAAAACAAAUCUAAGGUAAAUUUUAGAAAAAUGAGCCUUAAACUUGGGUGGGACUAUUGCUAAAUGAUUGUCAUGGAGCAUUCUUGCAGACUUAAUAUUUUAUGCUUUUUAGCCAGAAAUGAUUACCAUGUAAGCUGUCCUUUUGUUACUCAGUCUUUAUCUGCAGUUAUAUUUUAAGUCUAUUGUUUUAUCCUUUUUUACAAAGCAUAUCAGCAGAUUCUUCAAGGAGGCUGUUUGUGGAUGGAGAAUUUGUAAUCUAUCUUCCCACUAUUGCAAACUGGCAGAUCAUAAGCAUACACUGCUUACCCAGUGGCACUUGAAAGCCUGAUGAAUUUGCAGAACUAACAGUCCUGUUUAGUCCAUACAUGAAUGCUCAAUGUUGUAUAUUCAAUGUGUUGCACUAUUUAUGUAACAUAAUCGGUGUUAGAUCCAUUCUUUUCUGUUCUAGUCAGUCCUUUCAGUGUUAACAGCAUCCUGUUAAAUUUUAAAUAUAUGUUGAAUUGUCCCAGCCCCACCUCAACCUUAUGAAGCCAUAUUGUAUUUUUUUGGUGACAUGUACAUCUGCUUUAUGCAUUUGUACAUCUGAUGUAAAUUUGAAGUAUUUUUAACAAUGUGUGCCUUUAAUCUAAAGUGGUUUAAAGUAAACAGCAGUAUGUUCUAUGAUAUACAAAAUAAAAUAUUUUAACCACCUUUUCUGUCAAAGGCAUUUCUUUUCUGUAUUAAUCAUUACAUUUCUGAGAGCAAACACCGGUGUACUACAUCUAGUACACAAUCUCACAAUAUACAGUACACAAUUUUGCUGAAUGGGAGCUUCAGUUGGAAUAAGUGAUGCCUCCUGAUGUGAGGCAUCUGUCCUUAAUGCUGAAUUAGGGAAACUAGUUCUUCUACCCCAUAUAAUCAGCAAAUAGCAAAGGAUGUUUUUCCCUGUGUAUUGCCUGUUGGCAGAGAGGUUUUCUGCCUUGCUGAGCACACAGGGAGCGUAGGGAGACCUAACUUCCUAAUAUAAGCACCUGAACUCUGAGUCCAGAAUCAGGCAUGGAGAGUGACUUUCUGGUGACUUUUUUGGUUGGUUGGUUUACAGGUUUUCGUGUUUUUGCAGGGAGGUGUGGAGUGUGUUAGCUUUCUGCCCAUGCUCAGUCCUGCAAGGUGCUGGACUCCCUAGUCCCAGUCCAGCGAAGCGCUUAAGCGGUCUCAUGUGCUUAAUGUGCUCUGCUUGGAACCCUUUAAAUGGAAAAGGGUUGAGUUAAUGACAGAAAGCAGAGUUUAAUCAUUCAAAUUGAGUCAGGCAAAUUAAGAAAUAAUAAGACCCUGUAUGAUACUGAAAGCAAGUAUUUUUCAGACUUUAUUACAUACAGCUAACACACUGGCUGAGGAGUCUACUGCUUGUACGUUUUGUCAAUCAAUCGUCUGUACUCUUUGAUUCGUACAUAAAUGUGCGAAGCAAAGGAUUGCAUAUGCAGGCUGGUUGCCCUUGAUCGAGCAGAGUUCCCAGCGAUGGCGCGUUGAGCUGGGGCUGGGGAGGAGUGCUGAGUAAGGUGUUUAGAUGGUGGAGGAAAACAUGUUAAAAUAUUGUAGACAAAGCACUGCCUUAGUCAGGCAACACGGUGUAUCAGGGCAUACUGCUCUUUCAUGUUCAGCCUCUUGUUAUGCUGCCAAAACAAAUACAAUGGGAAGAAACAAGGACUUUUGCUGUUAAAAUAAUUAGUAAAUUUCCCAGAAAAUAACUUCUAAGUGGUUAGAGCUUCCUGUAACAGUAACCAACAAUGGUUAGGAGCUUGGUGCUCGGAUACUUUGAGGAGACACUUUCAAAGAAACUUUCUCUUUUCACCUCUAUCCCUUUUACACACACUCACUUUUCUCUCUCAACUGUAUUUUACUUCGGUGGGAAUGGAGGACGCUUGUUUUUAGAAUGAAUUGCUUAUCCAAGUAGUUUGCAAACAUAGUCAAGGUCAUGUUUAUGAUGCACUUUUAUUUUCUAUACCGAGUACUGAACCAAAUUAAGUAAUUGAUUUUUGAGGUGAAUUAAGAUUGCCUAGAUUUGCACGGGAAGCUGUUUCUGUGUGUGUGUGCAGUGUAAAACACUCUAAAAAGCUCUGACUGACAAAUACAUCAAGUCUCAAAGUGCCAGGCAGUAGUGGGAACUACACAUUGAAAAGAAAUAACACGCUGUCACUUGUGUAAUUGAGAUACUCAUGUACUUA